UUGCCAUCAUUUCAAAUCACCAACCGGACCAUGUAUUGCGUUUUCGUCAUUCUGCUCACAUUUGUCAGCGCCCUGACGGUUCAUUCCAGAGAUUUACUUGUGCUUACUGUUUCCACGGAAACCAACGAUGCAUUAGAAAGGUUUUUGAGGUCGGCGAAUAACAAUCAUUUCAACGUAAAGGUUCUGGGCCUUGGACUAGUUUGGAAAGGCGGCGAUGUGUCGCAUUCUGUCGGUGGAGGUCAGAAAAUCAAUCUUCUGAGGGAUGAAUUACGCAACCACAUCAAUUUAGAUGACCUUUUGAUACUGUUUUUAGAUAGGGAUCGAAAGCAAUUACUCGGCGAGUCCGUGGACCAGUUCUUGGAGAGCCUCAGGGAUCUGGCAACAAAAAUUUACGCGGUGGAAGACAGAAUAAAGAUCGAGGUUGAGUCACUACAACAGUUUAUCCUGGGGGUAUCUCACCCUGGCCUAAAGGCAGAACUUAUACGUCGUUCUCCGGAUAAUAUACGUGACGCAGUCCAACUUGCCCACAGUUAUGGGGCAACAUCAGACUACGAUGUGGUGUUCAUGGACUCGAAAUUCAGACUUCUGGAAGAAUAUGAAAACUCAAAUUAUACCAUCUUAUUUGGUGCGGAGAGCUUUUGCUGGCCAGACCAAAGUCUAGAGAAAAUGUAUCCACCAGUGGGACCUAAAGAAAACCGGUUUCUCAAUUCGGGCGGAUUUGUUGGUCCUGCUUCCAGUCUCUAUCGCAUGGUGACUGAGAUGCCAAUUAAGGAGGACGAUGACGAUCAACUCUACUACACAAAAAUCUAUUUGAACGAAGCUCUUCGUAGGGAACUGAACAUUGGUUUGGACACUAGGUCAUCGAUUUUCCAAAACUUGAAUGGCGCACUCCAGGACGUAGAACUACACUUUACUAACGACACUGGAUACCUGGUGAAUACGAAAACCGGAACGAGACCAAUAGUGGCCCAUGGGAAUGGUCCCAUCAAGCCUGAAUUCAAUUCACUAACAAACUAUCUGGACCACAGUUGGACACCGACUCGAGGUUGUCAACACUGCAGUGAGAGAAAUCUUGACUUGGACGAACAAGGGGAAUUUCCAAACAUUCAACUCAGUAUUUUCAUCGAAAACCCAACACCAUUUCUGGAUGUGUUCUUCGACCGGAUUGCCGCUCUUAGUUAUCCGAAGAGUCAUAUUCACCUAACCGGACAUGUCGCGAAAAAAGCAGAAAAACAAAGGGCUCUGGCCGAUGCAUUCAACAAGACAUAUGGCCACGAAUACCUCAGUGUUAGUUGGUUUGAUGCUGAGGAGGUCACUGAUGAAGCAAUUGCCCGAGAUUACGCCUAUGCUCAUUGCCUGGCUCUCGACGCCUGUAUGUUUCUGUUUUCCGUGGACUCCACUGUUCAACUGACCAACCCACGUACCAUCGAGCACCUGAUACAAAUGAAUCGUUCGAUGAUCGCACCAAUGCUAUCCAGAAGAGGAAAACUCUGGUCCAACUUCUGGGGUGCAUUGUCUCGGGACGGAUACUACGAACGGUCAGAUGACUACAUAGAGAUUGUCGAAAGAAACCGAACGGGGAUAUGGAACGUGCCAUUCAUUCGUGACGCUUACUUACUCUCACGCCGAGUGGUUCGAAAAUUCGCUGAACACAAGCUCGCUGGAAGCAUUGACGUUGAGAUGCGAAUUCCAACCAUUGCUAGACAAGAAAACGUGUUUAUGACGGUAGACAAUCUGGAACCCUACGGAUACCUCGUAUUUCCAGAUACCUACACAACAGAUCACCUGAACAACGAUCUCUGGCAAAUUUUCGAUAACCCAUUGGACUGGGAGGAACAAUACGUACAUCCGGACUAUUUCGAAAUCAGUAAACCAGAGGUCAGGAUGACCGAUAUUGAACAACCCUGUCCAGAUGUAUUCUACUUUCCUAUUGUGAGCGCAAAGUUUUGCCGCCAACUCAUUGCUGAGGUGGAAGAAUUCGGAUUAUGGUCGGACGGAACUAACGUUGACCCACGUCUUGAAGGUGGAUACGAAAACCCAUGGGCGCGGAUGAACUUUGUCGUUCGUUAUCGCCCAGAUGAACAAUCAUCGCUAAGACCACAUCACGAUGCAUCCUCAUACUCUCUCACCAUAGCGCUUAAUGAAGCUGAACUGGAAUUCCAGGGCGGAGGCACCAGGUUCGUCCGUUACAACUGUUCCUUGGUUCGGUCGAAACUCGGAUGGACCUCAAUGUUUCCAGGACGAGUAACCCACCUCCACGAGGGUUUGACAACCACGUCUGGAACACGAUAUAUCUUCCCGACGAAAUUAUUCACGUUCAAAUUAUCCGUUGCCAAGGCUCCACUGAACGAUGAACUACUCCAUCGGAAUUAUACUAAUCUUGCUCAGUGCCCUUGUGGUCAAUGCUCGAGGUAUUACGAACAUCAAGAAUUUAACACUUUUCUAGAAUUACUGGUGUUAACAGUUGCAACGGAAUCAAAUGAUGCUCUGGAACGAUUCUUGAGAUCGGCUAGAAACAAUGAAUUCAAUGUGAAGGUACUCGGUCUUGGACAGGCUUGGAAUGGAGGUGAUGUAUCACGGUCUACUGGAGGUGGUCAGAAAAUUAGGCUAUUAAGGGACGAAUUGCGAAAUUACAGAAGCGAUACCGAUCUCUUGGUCCUAUUUGUUGAUAGUUACGAUGUUGUUUUCAUGGACUCAAAGACCAGACUUCUGGAGGAGUAUGAAAAGUCCAACUACACCGUCUUGUUCGGCGCGGAAGGAUUUUGCUGGCCAGACAAAAAUUUAGCAAAUAUGUAUCCUCAGGUGGGACCGAGAGAGAAAAGGUUCCUCAAUUCGGGUGGAUUCAUUGGACCAGCUUCAUACCUGUACCGAAUUGUAACUGAGGCAGAAAUUGCAGAUGACCGUGACGAUCAGCUCUACUAUACAACCAUUUACCUCAACCAGGCGCUUCGGGUCAGCUUCCGAAAGCAACCACUGAAUGCCCGGAAUCUACGGGGACCCUCAGCUCCGCUAGAUGUUGACCAGACAGACAACGCCCCCUCAAUAUGCAGUGCGUCACAGCCUUGCCUCAAACGCAGACAGCGCGAGUCAGCGUUGAUCAAGGUCAGACAACGCCUCCGCAAUAUGCAGGCGUCGCUGACUCGUACCAAAGCCAGACCGCGUACGUCAGCAUUGGACCAAGUUCAGACAGAACAACUGAACAUUGGUUUAGAUACCAAAUCAGCAGUUUUUCAAAAUCUGCAUGGUGCAUUCACUGAAGUGGAACUGCAGUUUGCAAACGAUACUGGAUACCUGGUUAACACUAAAACCAAUACAAGGCCAAUUGUGGCCCAUGGAAAUGGUCCAAUAAAGCCUGAGUUUAACUCACUGACAAACUAUUUGGAUCAUAGCUGGACACCAUCUCUGGGUUGCCAACAUUGUAACGAAAGAAUCAUUGACUUGGACGAACAGGGAGAAUUUCCUACCAUUCAACUCAGCGUUUUCAUCGAAUAUCCAACACCAUUCCUGGACGUCUUCUUCGAUCGGAUUGCCGCCCUCAGUUAUCCAAAGACUCAUAUUCAUUUAACUGGACAUAUAGGGAGAAAAGCAGAGAAACAAACGCCUCUGGUCAACGAAUUUAUAAAGAAGCACGGACACAGUUACCUCAGCAUUAAAUGGUUUUAUCCUGAUGAGCUUGUCGAUGAAGGAAGCGCUCGAGAUCAUGCCUACGCUCACUGUCUGGCUGUCGAUACCUGCCAAUUUAUGUUUUCCGUGGACGCUGUUGUUCAACUGACCAACCCACAUACGAUCGAGCACCUGAUACAGAUGAAUCGUUCCAUGAUCGCUCCAAUGUUAUCCAGAAGGGGAAAGCUAUGGUCCAAUUUCUGGGGCGCAUUAUCCCGUGACGGAUACUAUGAACGAUCGGACGACUACGUGGAGAUUGUCGAAAGGAAGAGAGUGGGUAUAUGGAAUGUACCGUUCAUUCGAGACGCCUAUCUGCUAUCACGCCGAGUGGUUCAAGUAUUCGCGAAUCACAAGCUGUCUGGAAUCGAUGGACUUGAGAUGCGAAUCCCAAACAUCGCAAGACAAGAAAACAUAUUUAUGACACUGGAUAAUAUGGAGCACUACGGAUACUUGGUACACGCUGAGACCUACACCACGGAACAUCUAAAUAAUGACCUCUGGCAAAUCUUCGAUAAUCCUUUGGACUGGGAAGAGCAAUAUGUACACCCGGACUAUUUCAAAUAUCUCGCACCAGAAGUUGGAAUGUCCGAUUUUAAACAGCCUUGUCCAGAUGUGUUCUAUCUGCCCAUUGUGACCACAAAGUUUUGCCGCCAACUCAUCGCUGAGGUGGAGGAAUUCGGAUUAUGGUCGGACGGAACUAACGUUGACCCACGUCUUGAAGGUGGAUACGAAAACGUGCCAACGCGUGACAUACACAUGAGACAAAUCAACUGGGAAGACCACUGGUUGCACUUUUUGGUGAAGUAUGUGCAUCCCAUUCAAAAGAAAGUGUUUGCCGGAUAUGAAGAUAAGCCGUGGGCGAGAAUGAACUUCGUUGUUCGCUACCGGCCAGAUGAACAAGCAUCUCUUAGACCACACCAUGACGCUUCUUCAUACACCGUGAACAUAGCUCUUAAUGAGGCUGGAGUCGACUUUGAGGGUGGAGGUACCGGAUUCGUUCGCUACAACUGUUCCGUGGUCAGAGCUAAAGUCGGGUGGGCUGCAAUAUUUCCAGGACGGGUUACACACCUUCACGAAGGGUUGACAACAACAUCUGGAACCCGAUAUAUCUUUGUGACUUUUGUUAACCCUUAGCUUACGUGAACUCAUUCGCGAACGAUACUACUUGUGUACUUGUGCUUUCUGUGUUUACUUCGUAACAAACUAUGUAAUAAUUCAACAGCUAUUUGUAUGUUUCAAGCAAUCGGUCUACGUGGCCU